AUAUUGUUGUAUUCUACAACAGCAUCAUAAUAUGGUUGAGCUUAAUUACAUCCAUAAAUAUGAUUCACCAUCAAGCUUCCAUUUCUUUUUCUUGGCCCACCAAAGGACUUUUAUUGCCAUUAAUAUUAAACAAAACAUGCGUGAAGAUGAUUAAAUUAAGCCAUAAUUAUUGAUCGAAGCCAAGAUGAAAGAUGGAGAGUUGAUGGGAUCUUAGUUAAACACAAAAACUUGCCAAGCAAGCAUACAUAAAAGAUUGGUUGCUCUUCCAUAAUCUACUGGCCGAUGCUGAGGAGUACUGGAAUUCAACUUCUCGGCAUUCGAGGAACGUUGUUGAAGCCUUAAACUUUGGAUUUUGAGUUGUUCACUCGUGUGCAUUUGACUUUUGACUAGAAUGGAAAUACAAAAAUAAUGCUCGAGUGUACUGUGGACACACAGAUCAAACCACCUCUUUUUACUCUUUCAUUCUAUCCCAAUAUUCUCACUGAUUUCUGGAUUCUAGAAGCUCGUAUUCUACUUUUUUCUUCGAUUAUUGAGACGGGUUUCAAGCAUUUAUGGGCAUUGAAGGAGAGGGUUAAAAAUGAGAAGCGUGUAUGCUUGUGCUAGCAUUAACAUUAGCCCAGAUUGAUUUCUGUAGUUUGCGCCAUCAGUAAUAUUAAGCUUUGAAAUCAUUUUCAUGAGCUAUGCCAAUGGAAACUGCAAGCCCCAAAGAUAGUUCAUCAGCCUCAAGUCCUUUCUCUUCACCUAGCGUGACCGCCCUCUUAAAGAUUAAGAUCAUUUCAUGGAGUCAAGAGACUGGUUUGCCUGUUUCUGUUCGAGUUCGAGUUGGUGAGAGAACAUUCCACCUUCACAGGAACCCCUUAUUUUCAAAGAGUGGAUACUUCAAGAGACGAUUGAUCGAAACAACUCAGCUUGAGCUGCCACAGAGUUUCCCUGGAGGACCAGAAACCUUUGAGAUGAUUGCUUUAUUCAUGUAUGGCUCUUCCACGUUGAUUGACCCUUUUAAUGUAGCAGCCCUGCGAUGUGCAGCAGAGUUCCUUGAAAUGACAGAAGAAUUCUGCUCUGGCAAUCUUUGUGAGCGUUUUGAUCUCUAUUUAAACCAAGUCGUCUUACAAAAUUGGGAUGAUACCUUGAUCGUUCUCCAAAGGUGCCAAACAUUUAUUCCAUGGUCUGAAGAGCUGCUGAUUGUUAGCCGCUGCAUCGAAUCCCUAGCCUUCAUGGCUUGCAUGGAGAUUCUUGACCCUGAGAGGAGAAGAGACAGACCAGUUGUUACACUGGAGGCAUUGGCUGGUCAAGCUUGGAGCUGUGAAGCCGCCAAUGAGAUACUGAGCCAGGAGCUUUGGAUCAAAGACCUCAUUGCUCUACCAUUUGGAUUCUUCAAAAGGAUAAUAGGAUCCUUGAGGAGGCAAGGAAUGAAAGAAAAAUAUGUGAGCCCCAUCGUUGUCUUCUAUGCAAACAAAUGGGUACUCUCUAAGAAGACGAUACAAUACUGGGAGAGCUCUGGUGAGAGAACUAGCGAUGCCAACGCAAAUGAUAAAGUUUCAACGAUACUACAAGGCGUACUUGAUUUACUGCCAAUGAGAGAGAAGGCCAGUAGAGUGAUUCCUGUUGGAUUUUACUUUGCUUUGCUUUCCAGAUCCAUUGGCAUUGGUUUGAGAAAUGACAGCAAGGUAAAGUUGCAAGAUCAGAUUGCAUCUCUUUUACACUUUGCGCAAGUGGAAGAUUUACUCAUUCCAAGCAGCAGAGUCGACUCGGAUUGUUCCAGCAUGGAGUUAGCUACGAUGGAGAGCAUAUUUUCAACAAAUGUAUCGUUGAACAUGGACACAAACAAUGCUCCUUCAGCUAGUAACUCAACUGUAGCAGAACUAUGGGAUACAUUUCUCUCCCAUAUAGCUUCUGAUCCCAAAAUGAGGCCUAAAAGAUUCAUGGAACUCAUUGAAACUGUACCAAUAUCUUGCAGACAGAGCCAUGAUCAACUGUACAGAGCAAUGAACACUUUCCUGCAGACACACCUAGACAUAUCCCAAGAAGAAAAGGGGGCAGUUUGCAAGUACCUCAACUGCCAAAAACUGUCACAGUGGGCAUGCAUUGACGCAGUUCAAAAUGAGAUGAUGCCAUUACGUUUGAUUGUCCAGGCUCUUUUUGUACAACAACUGAAUACGCACCAAGCGUUCAAAGAAUGCUCGGACUCGUUUAGGUAUGCACAAAGUGGAGAGUUCUCUGGGAGUCUUCCAAGCUCAAGAUGCCCGAACACCAAAAGCCAAUAUCUAGCAGACAGCCCAUAUAUGGAUGGAGCAGAGCCAGGUAGUAGAACAUUGAGUUUCUUGCUACAAAAAGACAUUGCAGUACAACGAUGUGAGUUCUCUAGAAAAGAAUACGAGUCCACAAGCUUUAGAAUUCAGAACCUUGAACAAGAGCUGUUUUCCUUGAAGAAGAGCCUUCAAUUGCAAAAAACUUCGAAGAGAACAGAAACACUGCCAACCAAGCCACAGAGCACAAAACCGUAUGGCUUGCAAAGCAGAUCACUAAGCAAGAAUAGGAACCCACUUGGGCAUGUUACAGGUUGCGUUGGUUCUGUGAAUUUCGCUUCACAAAGAAAAUAUGCUUGCAAGCUACUGAAGAUCUUUCGCCGGAUUACCUUGUUUGGAAGUAGAAAAUCCAACAGAAAGCCAGGCGUCUCCAGCCUCUGGGGCAAACCGAUGUAGCAAAAUAAAGAUAGCUUGAGAUGUAUGAGAACCAAGACGAGUAAUGAAGAAGAGUCUAUUGCAAACAAA